CCUCCCUAUUUGCUGCGAAGGAGACAAGGAAACAAGGAAACAAGGGAAUUUGCUGCUUUAUUGAUCUGAUUCUCGGCUGAAAAGGGAAGACACAUUGGUAUGCCGCAAAUGCAGCCAGUAUUUGAUGACAAAAGAGGGAAUAAAUAGACAUAGAUGACUGAGAUCACUUUAUUGUGCCACAAAGUCUACUAAGAAAGACCAUUCAAUCAUUUUUUAUCAAGAUGUCUAUGUCUGCAGUGUAUGUCCUUGACCUAAAGGGAAAGAAUCUUAUAUCCCGUAAUUACCGUGGAGACAUUGAUUUUGGUAUAAUUGAAAAGUUUUUGCCACUUGUCCUGGAAAGAGAAGAAGAAGAGGCAACUUCUCCAAUUAUUGUUCAUGGAGAUGUUACAUUUGUGUAUAUUAAAAAUAAUAACCUAUAUAUUGUUGCCACAACAAAGACAAAUGCUAAUGUUGCCCUGAUUUUUGUCUUUCUGCAUAGGUUAGUUCAGGUGUUUGUAGACUACUUUCGAGAACUAGAAGAGGAAAGUAUCAGAGACAACUUUGUUUUGAUUUAUGAGUUGAUGGACGAGCUUAUGGACUUUGGCUAUCCCCAAAGCACAGAGACCAAGAUCUUACAAGAAUAUAUUACACAGCAAGGCCAGAAACUAGAAGCUGCGCCCAAACCACCACCGGCUCUAACUAAUGCAGUCUCCUGGAGAUCAGAAUCAAUCAAGUAUCGAAAGAAUGAAGUUUUUUUGGAUGUUAUCGAAUCUGUCAACCUGCUCGUUGGUGUUUCUGGAAAUGUAUUAAAGAGUGAAAUUGUUGGUUCCGUUAAAAUGAAGUGUUACCUGUCCGGUAUGCCAGAGUUGAGGCUCGGUUUAAAUGAUAAAGUACUGUUUGAAAACACUGGAAGAUCAAAAAGCAAGUCCGUGGAGCUUGAGGAUGUUAAGUUCCACCAAUGUGUGCGACUGUCAAGGUUCGAAAACGACCGCACUAUAUCCUUUAUUCCCCCUGAUGGUGAAUUCGAGCUAAUGGGUUACAGGCUUAGUACUCACGUGAAGCCAUUGAUCUGGAUUGAGUCCGUCAUUGAGAGGCACCCACAUUCUAGAGUAGAGUACAUGAUCAAGGCAAAAAGUCAGUUUAAGAAACGGUCGACUGCAAACAAUGUCGAAAUUGUUAUCCCUGUCCCAGAUGAUGCCGACUGCCCCAAGUUCAAGACUACCAUUGGGAAUGUCAAAUAUGCUCCUGAGCAGUCAUCGGUUAUUUGGACAAUCAAGUCAUUCCAGGGUGGAAAGGAGUACUUAAUGAGAGCACACUUCGGACUGCCAAGUGUCCUUUCAGAGGAAUCUGAAGGUCGUCCGCCCAUUUCAGUCAAGUUUGAAAUCCCAUACUUCACUGUUUCUGGUAUUCAAGUUAGAUAUCUGAAGAUUAUUGAAAAAAGUGGUUACCAGGCCCUGCCUUGGGUACGGUAUAUUACCCAGAAUGGAGAAUACACUCUCAGAACUUUAUAAUGAGGGAACUGAGGAAAGCUACAAUUCCGAAAUAUUGCCACGAAGGAUCGAAAUUAUGAAAGAUCUUAUACCGGAAAUGAUGAACAAACAUUUAUUAAUUGUCAAUUCUCAAUUGAUGGAUUUUGAUUCUGUAGCUUUGGAUUAAAAAUAAGUGGAUUAUUUCUGUAGAUGCCAUGUAUAACUGUGUCGACAGACGAUUUCAAUCUUUUGGUA